CGCGUGUGCCCCAGCGCUCACAUCCUCCCCGCUCCAGGCACCAAGUUCUAAAAGGAAGCGACGAUCAAUGCACAGAGCAGCGGAGUAGGCCGGUCUGUCCUCCCGCCGCUCUGGCGGCAGCAGGCGGGCGGGAGGCGGGCGUCUGAAGCCCCCAUGCGUACCUCGCCCCCAACGGCCCUCCGCUUGGCCGCUACCCCGGCGGGGUCGAGGCGGCGGGGCCGGCGCCUAUUGGUCCGCCGCUGUCGUCCGCCCGCCCCCUCACCGCGCUUAUUGGCAGGAGACGCGGCGCCCGCGGAAUAGGCGGUGGCGGCGUCCCUCCCUCGCGCCGGCCCUCAAGAGGGCGACGAGGAAGCGGCCUCUUCCUGCGUCCCGCCCCUCGGGCUCGCUCGCUGGCUCCCGGCUCCUCCUGGCUGCUCUCGGCCAUCUCCCGGCUCCCUCCGGCUCCGGCUCAGGCUCCGGCGCAGCGGCGGCGGCGGGCAGUUGCAGUGGUGCAGAAUGGCAGACCUCAGUCUUGCAGAUGCAUUAACAGAGCCACCUCCAGAAAUUGAGGAAGAGAUAAAACGGGACUUUAUUGCCACACUGGAGGCAGAGGCCUUUGAUGAUGUUGUGGGAGAAACUGUUGGAAAAACAGACUAUAUUCCCCUACUGGAUGUUGAUGAGAAAACCGGGAAUUCGGAGUCAAAGAAGAAACCAUGCUCAGACACUAGCCAGGCUGAAGGUACUUCAUCUUCUCAAGCAACAGUGCUUGCCAACGGUGACCACGGAAUAGAAGGGAAUGAUGCCACUGGGUCUCCAACUGAAUUCCUUGAAGAGAAAAUGGCCUACCAGGGAUAUCAGAACAGCCAGAACUGGCCAGAAAAUACAAACUUUUGCUUUGAACCCGAGCAAGUGGUGAAUCCUAUCCAGACUGAUCCCUUUAAGAUGCACCAUGAUGACAGCCUGGAAGAUUUGCUCUUUCUCCCCAGUGGAACAACCAGUGCUUCAGCAUCUGCAGAACAAAAUGAUCCCCUGAAAGACAGUUAUGGUGUGUUUCCCUGUGACACAUUUGCUCCUGCAGCUGUUGUUCCUCAGGGGUGGCCUGUGGAAGCUCCAAACCCUCCACGUUCAGAAUCCUUCAUUUCCCCUGAGGCCAUUACACAGCCUCUGCAGCCUACAGCAGAGCCUGCUAAGGAGGUAGAAAUGGCAUCAGCAGAAGAGAGAGCACCAACAAAAGCAAUGGAAAUGGUGAUGGGACUGAAGGCUGCUAACAUGGCACCAUCUCGAGAAUCAGAGAUGGUCCUGGCCAAGGAUGUGGCGCCAGCCACAGAAACAGAGGUGGCCUUGGCUAAAGACACGGAACCACCUACCGAACCAGAUGUGGCCCUGGCCAAGGACAUGGAAUCAUCCAUCGAACCAGAUAUAGCCUUAGUCAAGGACGUGGUACUACCCCUAGAAACAGAGGCAACCCCAGUUAAGGACAAUGUAUUGCCCACAGAAACAGAUGUGUCUUUGGCCAAGGACAUGGUACUGCCCACAGAAACAGAGGUAACCCCAGCCAAGGACAUACUACUAUUCAAAGAAGCAGAGAGGACACCACCUGUAAAAAUGGAUUUGGCCCCAGCUGAGGGUAUGGUACCACCUACAGACCGAGAGGUGGCCCCACCCAAGGGUGUAGCAUCACUUUCAGAAAUAGAGGUGCCACUGGAUGAGGACGUUGUGUCAUCCACAGAAAUAUCCUCAGCCAAGGAGGUAGCCUUGUCCUCAGAAACAGAGGUGGCCCUGACUGGGGAUAUGGCAUUACCCCCAGAAACAGAGGUGGCCCUAGUCAAGGACAUGGCUGCACCUCCAGAAACAGAAGUCACCCCAGUCAAGGACAUGGCUCCACCCCCAGAAGUAGAGAUGGCCCUCAGCAAGGACGUGGCUCCACCUCAAGAAACAGAGGUGGUCCUGGGCAAGGACGUGGUUUCAUCUCCAGAAACAGAGAUGGCCCUGGGCAAGAAUGUGGCUCUACCCCUACAAACGGAGGUGACCCUGGCCAACAAUGUGGCUCCAGCCAAGGAUGUUGCAGCAUCCUCAGAAGCAGAGGUGGCACCAGUUCCUGUUAAGGACAUGGAAACUGCACGGACACAGAAAGAAACAAGUGAGGCUUCCCAGUUAGAAUCUCUCCAGGAUGAAGGACAGUCAGCUGUACCUCCUCUCAUGAUAUCAGCAGAAGCAGUCACAGCCAUGGGCCAAAAGCACAACUUGCCAACAGAUGAGGAUUCUGUGUCAGAGGAACUAGAGCAAAAGAAACCGUUCAGCAGUCAACCUUCUGAACUUCCUUCAGAGACCUCAGGUACCCUUCCCACACAAGCCAAAAAAGCAUGCAGACCCAGUGAUCGCAGGUCCGCCCGGCCCGCCCGGCCCAGGCUUGCCAGGGUCCCUCCUGAGCUGCUGGGAGGCUCUUCUCCACGGAAGACUCUUGAUCCUGGGCUGGGCCCUUGCCCUUUGUCUGAGUUGGGUUGGGUUUCUGGUUCGUCUUCCUGUGGUGAGCCUGGGAACCAGAGGAAAACUAUUCAUGGUGACUUCCUUGAACCCCAGAGGGAUCUUGGCAGGGAGUCCUGGGAUAUAGAAAGAACACCAAUGAUGAUGAAGAAAAAAAAGAAGAAACCAAAGCAAAAGAGAUACUCUCAGCCCCGGGCUGGGGGACCUUGGGAUGAUGACAAUGCAGAUGAGCCUAAAGGUCAUCCCUCUGCCACUGACCCACAAAAGUCAGGUGUUCCCCCCAGCCAGCCUACCACUGUGGGCACAGAACAUGGGCUGGUAUCCAGAGAAAACUUGAAAAAGGGAUGUGAAAUUGAUUCCAGGGCAGCCAAACUGGUAGCUGAGAACUUUGCCUCCCAGGGUCUCAGCAUUCCUUUGUGUCCUUUGGAAGAACCCCCGAAAACUGCAGUAAAUUCUCAGCCCAAACUGAGAGUAGAGGCAGAGGUGAGAGGUAACAAGUCAGCACCACAGAGCCAAGACAAGAAAUUGCUGCAGCAAGAUGAGUGCAUACCACAGCCUGCACCCUACCUCGAGACUCCUGUGGAUAAAAGCCAGACAGUAGGCUCCCUCAAUCUGAAAGGACCCCUGACAGAAGUUUUUUCACACAAAGUAGAAAUUCCUUUGGAGAUCAGACCCAAAGAGGGUUGCUCUCCUGUCUUGGACCAAGAGGCUGAGGGUAGAGUUUCAAAACCCAAAGCAGCAAAAGAACUGCCUAAUUCCAUACCCACUUUGACAGCAGGUAAUCCAUUAGUAAGUAGUCUAAAAGAAGGGAGUGAUGAAAGUAAAAUGACUAAACUGCAGAAUGACAAACAGAAAGAGUUUUCUGAGGGAGCUGAAGAGGUUAAAGAACUAAAAAAGGAAAGUAUUCCCAAGGAAAGACAGGAGAACAGCAUCUUUGCUUCUGAGCAGCCACAGGACACGGUGUUAGCUCAGGUUCCUGGACUAGGGAAUGAACCAUUUAAGAUAAUGGCAGGUGAUGGCAAAAGCAGGAAGGGAAAGGGAAGUUCUGGGAAGAUGAGAGCAAGUUCUGGGAAGGUGAGAGCAAGGUCUGAGCUGCUGUGGCUUGCGGACAGCCAGAAGGACAGCAAGGACACAAUUGUUCUUGUGCCAAGUGAGCCAGCGCCUAAAAUGGAAAGAAUGGAUAAAAGCGAGGAGCUGGGGCUGGGUUCUUCAGAGCAACCAGGGACCGUGGCUGAGCUCACUGAGGCAGUGGUGAUGCGGGACCCUAAGGAGAUGACUGACCUGAGGGUGGCAGGCACCUUGCAGGCAUUGAUUCCUUUGGGAAAUGGGUCAGGCAUGAUUCAGACUUCCGCUGCUAGAACAGAAGGAGGAGCUGUAGCCAUAGGCAUGCGUGUCGGCAACCAGAGCGAGGAGGAAAAAUGUCCUUGGAUGGAUCAUGAGGCAGCUCCCUGGAUUUCUGAAAAGCCUACAAAAAGAGGCAGUGAAGACAAAAACAAAAAGUUAAAAAAUAGUUAUUCCACACAGCCUGCUAGAAUGGAGAGGAAGGAAGAAAUCCUCAACCCACCUUUUGUAGGGAAGCGUGGGGAUAUUGGUAGUACUCCCCAUCAAAACAGAGAAUUAGAACUUACUUUCCCCAUAAAUCAUGACCCUUUGUUCUCACGUAUAUCAGAUACACCCACAGUGGAAGGAGUUGACCAAAAGGGUAGAAAUGUUGAGGUUAAUUCUUCUAAGCUUGGGGCUCUUGGCAGGAACAAAACAAGCGCAGGCAAGGAUUUUGCUGUUACUGAACCAGCUACCAAGGUGACAGAUGUGAGCUGCCAAGACCAAAUCCAGGGGGCAGGAUUUGUUCCUUCAGUACCGUCUGAGGAGAAUAAGACAGAUGUGGCCAAGAGACAUACUGCAGUUGCUGACAAACCAAAUAAAAGGAGUAAUGAUGGAAAAAGCAAAAAGGUUAAAAAUAGUUUCCCUGAGAAGCACAUUCUGGAGAAUAAGAUAGAUGCAACAAAAAUACAUGUUCCCAUGGAAACCAUAGGGGACCACAGAAUUGAAGGAAUGGGCUAUGUGGAUGAAAAUAGAAAUAUUACAUUUACCUGCCCUAGAACACCACCAGGGUUGAUGAAUAAGACAGUCCCCCUAGAGGCUCAGGAAUCAGCAGCCUGUGAAAAAUUGCCCCCUUCUACUUUUCAAGUAGUAAAGGAAAGUGAUUCAUUUCCAAACACCUUGGCAGAAAGCAGGCAAGAGACAGCUCCAGCCCAGAUUUCCAAAUUAUUAGAGGUAGAUAAUUGCAGCAAAGUUGGAGUCCCAGUUGAAGAAAGACCCAAGGCUCCCUGUGCUGUUAUGCCCUCUACAAGCACAGGAGGAGUUGCCCUAACUCUGACAGCAGCCAUAGAAACAGUUAAUAACCAUGGAGUUAGCUGUCUUCAGAAUAAAGGUGAGCUUGCUGGUCCCAUGAAAAACGAAGCAGGGAUAGACGGAGGGCAUGUGAUAGGAGAAUCUGAGUCAGUGCCCAGUGGUGCAUCAAAGCACUCAGUAGAGAAAACCACAGAGCCAGCAGGGGGCCACCUUCUUUCUGGCGUGCUCAUAGAAGAACAAAGCCUGGCAGGUGGGGUCAGAGUCCUAGAAGCAUGUGCAGAUAGCAGUAAUUUUCCAACAUGUCCAGUAAACAAACAGAAAGAGUCUGAGGAAGGUUCUGCUCCAGUUCCAAUUCUUGACCUAAUGGGAGACAAAGCACAAAAACCCAGUUUCUGUGAGGACCAACGUGCUGAAAAUAGAGAUUCCCAGGGCCCAGAUAGUUUGAAUAAGGAGGUAGAUAUGACUCUUUUGCCACCAGAAAGUGAAAAGGAUAAAUUGGAAGAAAUCAGUCUGGAUUCUGAAAGCAGAGAAAUGGCAUGUGUUUCCUUGGCACCACCAGAACUCCAGUCAGGUGUCUUAGAUGGCAAAGUUGAAGUGACUCCUUCAAGGGUGGUAGAUGAGUUAGUAGUGACUGCUUCCAAGGCUCUUCAACUCCCAGAACCCAAAGACAAGAUCUUAGAGGCACCUGAGAAAAUGACAGGAAAAUCUGAACCGAAGGCACUGGGACAAGGGAAGAAGGAAGAUAAAAGCAGAGCGGCAGAACCCAUGAAAGGCUACAUGAGACCCACCAAGUCCCGAGGACUCACUCCACUUUUACCAAAAUCUACAGUCCAGGAACGAGAGCGAUGCAAGCAACUCAAGUCCAGUGGAAUAGCCAAACUAGAAGAAGGACGGCUUACUGGGAGUGUGACCGGAAAUGACAUCACCACCCCUCCAAACAAGGAGCUCCCACCAAGCCCAGAGAAGAAAACAAAGCCUUUGGCCACCACUCAACCUGCAAAGACUUCAACAUCGAAAGCCAAAACACAGCCCACUUCUCUCCCUAAGCAGCCAGCUCCCACUACCUUUGGUGGGUCGAAUAAAAAACCCAUGAGCCUUGCUUCAGGCUCAGCACCGGCUGCCCCACCCAAACGCCCAGCUGCUGCCACUGCCAGGCCUUCCACCUUACCUUCAAAAGACGGGAAGCCCAAGCAGCCUGUUGCAGAGGCAAAGAUUCCUGAGAAGCGGGCCUCACCAUCCAAGCCAGCCUCGCCAUCCAAGGUGGUCUCUGCCCUGGCCGGUAGGCCUGGCUCCAAGAGCACCCAGACUGUUCCAAAAGCCACAGCAGCUGCCACUCUUGCCUCAGCUGGGCCAAGCAGUAGGAGCCCCUCUACACCCCUGCCCAAGAGGCCUGCUGCGGUCAAGACUGAGGGGAAACCUGCAGACAUCAAGAAGAUGGCUACGAAGUCUGCACCAGCUGACGUGAGUCGCCCAAAGAACACCUCCACCAGUUCCGUGAAGAAAAGCGCCGCCGUCCCUGGGGCGGCACCCCCAGCAGGGGUGACUCCCAGCCGCGUCAAGCCCACAGCCACCCCUCCCCGGCCCUCUGGGACUCCUUCCGUGGACAAGAAGCCCACGGCAGCCAAGCCCAGCUCCUCUGCCCCAAGGCUGGGCCGCGUGGCUACCAAUGCUUCUGCCCCUGAUCUGAAGAAUGUCCGUUCCAAGGUUGGCUCCACGGAAAACAUCAAGCACCAGCCUGGAGGAGGCCGGGUUCAGAUUCAGAACAAGAAGGUGGACAUCUCUAAGGUCUCCUCCAAGUGUGGGUCCAAGGCUAACAUUAAGCACAAGCCUGGUGGAGGAGAUGUCAAGAUCGAAAGUCAAAAGCUGAACUUCAAGGAGAAGGCCCAGGCGAAGGUGGGAUCUCUUGAUAACGUGGGCCACCUGCCUGCAGGAGGUGCCGUGAAGAUUGAGACCUACAGGCUGACGUUCCGGGCAAACGCCAGGGCCCGCACCGACCACGGGGCCGACAUUGUCUCCCGCCCCCCUCCACUUCCCUGGCGGCCCCAGCUCAGGCACCUGGGCCCCUAGCUCCCUCUCCCGGGCUGCCCUCUAGGCCCCUCCCUCCCUCCCUCCCUCCUGCCUCACUUGCCCAGGGUGGCAGCAGCCCCACCCCCGCGCUCCCUCCACUCCCGGCCCCAGACCCGGCUCCCUGCUUGGCUCCCCCGUCCUCACCAUUGCGCCGCUGCUCCGCGGAGGUUGGGUGGAAAGUGGGGUAGGGGAGGCUAGUUCAGGACCUCCUGGGAUCUGGGUGGGGGGAACCGGAGUCCAACCUCCUCUUUGUUUGGUUUUUUUGGACCAAACCCAAGAGAAACUGACAUACCCUCCCUCCUCGCUGGUCCAUCUGGAGGGAAGAGUGGAAGUGGACGUCCCCGUGAUGGCUGGGUGCUAACUGCGUACCCUGAAGCCUGCUAAGCCACUGCCUCUUCCUUUGACCCCACAGUGGUGCCCACCUCACAGGUGGCACCAGGCACCUCUUGCUGCCCUCCCCCAAGUUAGUCAGGGGCAAUGCUGCCUGUCCCCGCUGCUUCCCAUACCUACCUAGCUGCUGUCACACUUUUAUCUUUUUUUUUAAUAACCUGAAAACCGGUGGAGUAGUUUUGCAGGUUGAAGCCAUGUCUGAAUGAAAGUCGUUGGUAGGUGUUAAAGGAAACAGGGAAGGGAGAUCCUGAAGCCUCCAACUGGGAGGUGAGGCAUUGGAGGCUGCCCUGCCUUGGGCAGCUUGGGGCCCCGGCCCCGGAGGUGGUGUGGGCAGGGCAGGUGCAGUGGGGGGCUGUGGGCUAGAGGGCAGGCAGGGACCGCUAGGGGCUGGUCAGAGUGUGGACUGGUGGUUCUGGCAUUUUGUGUGUAUGCUGCUUUUCUUUUCUAACCAAGAGGCUGGUUUUGGCAUCUAUGUCUGUCUCAUUCCCUGGGAUCUGGUGGGAGACAAGGUCGGGCUGGAAAGGGCCAUGGAGGUCAAAUUCCUCCUAGCCUCCAACCUAGGACACUUGAGCCCUCAGUUGCCAGGGAGCCUGAUGUGUUCAGAACUCAUGUGGAUAGUGGGGAAUCAAGUCUGGAAAUUUAAAAAUAAGUACAUGAGAUGGGCCAUCCAGGCUCCCUUACGGCCUGACUGGAGAGGGGAGAGAGGAGAGGAGAGGCCAGCCUAAGGGGUGUGUCCUGGUUAGGCCUGGUCUUGGGAUGGCUGCAAUGAUAAGUCCCGGGAAUUGUAUUGACACGAAGAUUCUUAUUGCACUUGUACUUUUUGUAUUAAAGUUUGCAUGGUUUCUAAUAAAGGAUUAAAACGUAACAGUUUGUAGUGAAAUGGCCUGGGAGUCUCCAAGGCUUCUCCUCUGGAAGAGCAUUUUCUGCAGUGCAGACUUGGCCCCUCACACUCCCCACCUCCUCCUCUGGCAUCCCUUGGCGCUGAGAAGGUGGGAGCUGUUGACCUAGGAUCAGAUUUGAAGUCCAUGUAGAGGGAGGGUGUCUGGGCUGGGCAGGUGCUCUCCCUUUCUGAGGUAGCAUUUUCUCCAGGGAGGUUCGACACCAUCUCCCCAGCUCCCCAAGCACAUACCAAGAAAUUGCAGGGGUCUUGUGGAAAAAGCACUCCCAGGGCCAGAGACUGUCCACAGUGCUUCAACGGCGCCAGGGACAUCAGGGCAUCCGUGUUUUGUCUGCAAGAAAGGGUGAGAUGAAACUGGGAGAACGCAGUGGGAGGUGGGGUGCCAGAUGCAGUGGGGUGACAGUGCUGGGCCUAAAGGUACCUGCACCUGUGUUGAUGCUGGGGUGGACAACAAGCUCUCGGUCCUUUUACUCCGUUGGCCAAAGGUAGGGGUGGGAGAGGUGACCCCGGCGGUGAGCACUCUAGGGGGCGCUGGAGUGGUCAGUGUUCUGAAAGGUGGUUUGGGCACAGCUCCCUUGAAGGGUCCCACAAGCCAGAGAAAAGGCCGCCCUGACAGGUGGGACCAGAGGCCCUGUGUGCUGUGUUCUAUUCUGCAGCUGUUGGGGCUGGAACGUUUCUGUACUUCCCCAUUUGCUUAUGGCUCAACCGUUAACCAUGUUGAUCUGUGAUUGUUGUUAUGAUUUCCAGAACAAAUAAAGCUCGUAUGUCCCACCA